UUAUCAGACUAGGUACAGCAUCCAGACAGCCAUGAUCUCCAGUCAGCAGUACGAAAGGUUGGAUCAGGCCAAAGCUUACAGCAAAUUCAGGCCUGAACCACCUCAAGAACUACUGGACAUCAUUGUCAGCUAUCUCAGCGAAGAGGUUCCUAUGCCUUUCGGCACGGCUGUAGAUGUAGGUUGUGGCACUGGACAAAGUACCGUAGUCUUGGCACCCUAUUUCCGGUCUGUGAUUGGCUGCGAUGUCAGUAAGUCACAGAUACGAGAGGCUAUAUUGACAAGAAAAAUUGGCAAUAUAGAUUAUAGGGUUGCUCCAGCUGAAUGUUUGCCAGUCAGUGAUAAGUCCGUCCAUUUGCUAACAGCUGCCACUUGUUUUCACUGGUUGGACACAAAAGCCUUUUUCAAAGAGGCAGGCAGAGUGUUAGCACCUGGAGGUGUCUUAGCUAUAUAUUCCUCUCCUGUUAUAUAUCCCAUCAUAGGAGAUGAUACCAUGGAUAAUCAGUUGGAAUUUCUGACCAAUAAGUUUCUGUAUGACGACCUCAAACCAUACAGAUCGUCCAAAGUGCAGCAAGUAUUCGAACAAUACAACAAUAUCGAAUUCCCAUUCGACAAUGUCGUAAGAAUACAAAACAUUGGCCAAACAUACAUAGGAACAGCGGCAGAUGCGGCCGGAUACAUCAAAUCCAUGUCCACCUUCCAGAAUUUAAGGGCCGUCAAUUCUUUGAAGGCAGACCAAUUAUUACAGGAUUACGAGGACAGCAUCAUGGAUAUCCUGAAAGCUAAUACAAGUCCUGAACUCACACCACUACUUUACAAGAAGGAUUAUUUUCUGAUUAUAUGCCGUAAUGAUGAAAUCUAAAACUUGAAAUGGCAAAAAAAAAACCCAAGAAAAUUUUAAUGUAAAAUCGCAUUUGUAGCAAAACUCUUAAUUUUGUAUUGUUUAUUACUUGCUAUGAAACAAAGAUUAAAAGUGUGUUUUCACAAUUCUUUGAAAUUGAUAGCUCCUGUUAAAAUAAUAAAUGCAU